AUGAUAGAGAAGGAAGCUCUUCUUCGUAGUGUACUGGAUGUUGUCAGUGAAACUGGGUUUCUUUCGCCUGUAACGGUGCAAUGCUUGGAGCAGGACAAUGACGUGAAUACUACAUGUACCUUUUGGUGUUCACCCCAUGCAACGGUCCAAGAAAUCAAGUCCAUCCUUCGAGAAAAACUGGACCUAGCAGCAUCCACAGAAAACGAUUUCAGUAGUGUUUUACUGGACUUGAAAGAUACGGCUACUGGAACCAAUGUCUUUGUUCAUUUGGAGACAGCCAAGCCUCCGGCCGCCACCGAGCUGACGGUGAGAACGCGCCAGAUGGAUCCCUUUAUCCAUGGAUUGUUCCGAAUGGCCGGUAUGACGACGGAAGCCGAUUUGGACGACAUGAUGGAACGCAUCAUGGUACCUCGAACGAAACGAGAUUGCCCUGGUUCCCACGCCUUGCCAACCAAAUGCCAAGUCAUGUGUGACUUGUGCCAAGCAUAUGCAAGGCCUGGCCGAUGGUGCGAAGAAUGUGAUUUUGCGCUCUGUGACAGUUGCUUUCAAAGUGAUGAGGGAAGAAGAGUGAGCAGCACGGAACAACAACAUGCGUCGUCCGAUCCCUACGACCAACUCAUUGAAAUGGUAAAAUACAUUGGAAGAGAGCAUGCGUCUUUGGUGGAGGGAUCGGGUGCCGGAUCCGGUGGUUUUCUGUGGGAUCCAACACUAGGUGGUGAAGUCAGACCCUCCAUAUUCGGCAAUGAGGAUCGGUUCAUGUACGUGCGACAAGGCAGUAAGAUUUUGCAGGCCGGAACGAGGCUUGUGAUUCUGCUCAGCGACAAGCUUCGGUCCGUUGUUGUGACAAACGAUGAUGAUGCUCCGAUAGAAUCCAAUACUAUCCGAAGAAAAGACAAUGCACUUCUUCCUGGAGAAACUGACACGAUUCUUCGAAAUGGGGCAACCAGUCCAGAAGUUCUGGGGCACGGAAGGAAACUUUUGGCGGAUAGAACCAGCUGGAGGAGAGUCACCCAGGCGUUGUCCAACAUUGUCGAACGAGCAGGCAUGGAAGGGUUCGAAGACGCACCGGAAGCCUACAAUCUCAAAAUGAGAUUGGUUUCCUUCCAGCCACACAAAGUCGUCUAUGUCGUUACGGCAGAGAUUUGUCACAUUUAUUGCGCUGACCGUUCCAUGCCACAGGGUGCCGAUAUGUAUCAGUUUUUCGAUCACAGAGCACGCACAUUCGAAGCGCUACAAGAGGCUGGAGCCGUUCUCUAG